AAUUCUACGACUGCGAUACUAAAUCCAUGUUACUAAAGGAAAAAAACAAAGAAACAGAUCGACAUCGACCAUUUCUUCUUCUUCUUCUUCAAUCGAUUUGGUUCUCUAAACCGACGCAAUCGAUUACAUUAAUGAAGUUGAGAAAGGGAAAAGUGCUCGAGUUGAGUAAAGAUGCAGGGAAGAUGCCAUUGAAGAAACCACCAGAUGCGCAAGGUAUUGGGAAGGAAAAGUUGCAGUAUAGGGAUAUUAAGGUUAUGGUUGCAGGAACUGAGAUGUGUUUUGAGUACCCAGGUUUGGCAAAAGAACAAACAACUAUUGUUGUGUUAAUGAACAAGUUAAAGCCUAACUUAAGGUUGUUCCCUAAUGAGACUGUGGAUGUAUGGUGGAUAAAACUCUCUGUUUCACUUGAAUAUACAUGUAUAUAUAUAUAUAUAUUGACGGUGGAUUUUAGUUCAAGGCUAAAAUUGUAAAACCGGAUUUAGUGUGUCGACAUCCUGCAAAGGGUAAGGCCAUUUGACAAACGAUGAGCGC